AUGGCAAACCUCAUUAUCCGCAGUGUCCUUGUAAAUGGCUCCAGCAGGGGAAUUGGCUUGGAACUGGUAAAGGCGUUUCUUAACAAACAGGGCCCACCAAUGCACAUCUUCGCAGCAUGCCGAAAUCCAGAUUCGGCUCCGGAACUAAAAUCUCUCUCCUCAAAACACUCAAACCUUGCUGCUGUCAGAUUGGAUGUAACCAAUUCAACAAGCAUUGAAGAAGCCUACGGGGAUAUUACAGAAAGACUGAAUGGACAGGGAUUGAAUUUGCUGAUAAACAAUGCUGGAAUCGCAGUCUUUCAUUCAUUGUAUGAAGCCACAGCGGAAGACAUGAUGAAAAUGUAUAAAACCAAUACAAUUGGGCCAAUGCUUGUUACUCAGACAUUCUUUCCUUUGUUGAAGAAAGCUGCACAGGAAAAUCCUAAUGAAGUCAAGAGCUGCAGCAAGGCUGCUGUGGUAAACAUAUCCAGUGGUGCUGCAUCUAUAGAGAGAACACCACUUGAAUUCUCUGUACAACCUAUUUUUGAAUACCGCUGCAGUAAGGUUGCACUGAACAUGUUAACACGUUGUCAGGCUGAGACCUACAAAACAGAUGGGAUUACUGUUGUGGCAGUUGCUCCUGGCUGGGUUCAAACAGAUAUGGGAGGACCAAAGGCUCCCCUGAAGCUUCAUGAUAGUGUGGGUGGUAUGAUGAAAGUAUUCGACACCCUAACGGAAAAAAAAACAUAAUGGAAUGUUUCUGAAUUGGAAAGGACAGACUGUACCAUGGUGA